AUGGCUUCUGCGGCAAUAUUUCCGUCGCUGAGGAGGAGAUCUCCGUCGUUGGAGGCGUUUUUGGCGCCGGUGGAUCUAUCAAGCGAGGCCCUUUUGGAUACUCUAUGUGCUGUUUCCAGGGAGUUGGUGUCAUCGUUUUCGGUCGACAAUAAAUUGGUGCCGUUUUUCCAGGGCAAGAAUUCCAGAUCCUUAAUCCGAAAAAUCCAGGUCUUUUCUGUCCUUCUGGAUUCUUUUUGCGAAGUGGGAUUGUCAAGAAUGCCUUCUGGGGUUUUUUCAUGUUUCAAAGAGUUGUAUCUCGUGCUUUAUAGAUCGAAAAUUUUGCUUGAUUAUGUUAAAGGGUCGAAUGUUAAAGAACAGGUAGAAUUGUUAAGGAAACAAUCAAGAAAGUCGAAGUUGUUAAUUGAUAAGAAUGAUGAUUUGUUGAGGAUGAAGUUUUAUACUUUCUUGAAUGAACUUGAGAAUGGAAAGGUUCCUGAUAAGAAUCAAAUGUACUCGUUCUUUGUGGAAAAAUUGGCCAUUCGUGAUGUGAAAAGUAUUAGAUUUGAGAUUGAAUUCUUGGAGGAGCGGAUUGUGAAUUGUGAGGGGGAUAUUGAGCCUACAGCCUCAGUACUGAAUGGAUUUGUGGCUUUAACGCGAUACUGUAGGUUCUUGCUAUUCAGAUUUGAGGAUGAGGAGGAUGAAUUGGGAAGGUGGAGGCAUAAGAAGACGAAGAAAGUAAUGAUUACCCAGGAGAUUGCAGACACAUUUAUUACGAUUCCCAAGGAUUUCUACUGCUCAAUAUCAUUGGAUUUGAUGAGGGAUCCCGUGAUAGUAUCGACAGGGCAGACCUAUGAUCGAGUCUCAAUAUCAAGAUGGAUGGAGGAAGGGCAUAAUACUUGUCCAAAGACAGGGCAGAUGCUCAUUCGUUCUCAAUUGGUGCCAAAUCGGGCUCUGAGAAGUUUGAUCAUGCAGUGGUGUCUUGCUAAUGGGAUUCCAUAUGAUCCGCCAGAGAAUGUUGAUUCUUCUCCUGAGAGUCACACUGCUGCUUUGCCGAGCAAGGCUGCAAUGGAAGCUACUAAAGCCACAGCAGAUCUUCUUGUUGAACAGCUAGCAAAUGGGACGGAAAAGGGGAAGACUCUGGCUGCCAGAGAGAUAAGAUUGUUGGCAAAAUCAGGAAGAGAAAAUCGCGCUUGCAUUGCGGAGGCUGGUGCAAUUCCCCUUCUGAAAACGCUACUUUCAUCUUCGGAUGCCUUAGCACAAGAGAAUUCUGUGACUGCAAUGCUGAACUUAUCGAUCUAUGAUAAAAAUAAAUGCCGAAUCAUGGAUGUUGAAGGGUGUUUAAGAUCAAUUGUUGGAGUUCUGAGAUCAGGACACACGACCGAGGCCAGGGAAAAUGCUGCAGCUACAUUGUUCAGUCUCUCGGCUAUUCAUGACUAUAAGAAACAAAUAGCAGAAGAAGAUGGGGCAGUCGAAGCAUUGGCAGGGCUGUUGAAAGAGGGUACACCAAGAGGAAAAAAGGAUGCGGUUACAGCUCUAUUCAAUCUAUCCACCCACAGUGAGAAUUGUGUGAGAAUGAUAGAGUCUGGAGCUGUAACAGCAUUGGUUGGGGCGCUGGAACGUGAAGGUGUCUUUGAAGAAGCAGCUGGUGCAUUGGCCCUGAUUGUCCGGCAACCAGUCGGAGCAGAAGCAGUCGGGAAUGAGGAAAUGGCAGUGGCCGGGCUGAUUGGAAUGAUGCGAUGUGGCACUCCAAAGGGGAAAGAAAAUGCGGUGGCAGCACUGCUAGAAUUAUGCCGAAAUGGUGGGGCGGUUGCAACAGAGAGGGUGUUAAAGGUACCAGCAUUGGCCGGGGUACUUCAGAGUCUGGUCUUUACGGGGACAAAACGAGCCAGGAGAAAAGCAGCGUCACUUGUUCGAGUUUUCCAGAGGCGUGAGUAUCCGUCGCUGCAUUAUGGUGGAAUGGGCGUAGGGUAUGGAAACUCGACUUCAGUUAGGGAUACGGGUUUUGCUGGCGAUGUAGCAGUAUCCAUUUCAGUGCCUGUGACGAAAGAUAAGAAAUUUCACAAGUCCACGGGUUCUAAUGCAAGAAGACGUGCCAAAUUCUCUUCCCCCAGCGACAAUCUAGGCACAAUUCAGGAAAAAUGCGCCUUUUGGGCUCUGAAUUUGGAGGAACGUAAUGCAACUUCAGAAAAGAAAUCAAGUUCAGAAUGCAAAAUCAGAUCUCUUCAAGAAAUGAAGAAAGCAAGAACGAAGUUACAAAUGAUGGCAAAGGAGAAAACUAUUGUGGUUGAGGACAAAACGGUCUUUGAUAGUUUUGCCGUGGUGAAGACUUCGUUUGACCCACGAAAGGACUUCAGAGAUUCGAUGGUGGAGAUGAUCACAGAGAAAGGAAUCAGAAGCCCUAAAGAGCUCGAAGAACUCUUAGCCUGUUAUCUGACAUUGAAUUGCAAUGAAUACCAUGAUCUCAUCAUCAAGAUCUUCAGGUAG